AUGUCCGAUCCCACAUCCGUCGCAGGUACUGCCGUAGGUGUCGCGUCACUUGGCCUCCAGGUCUGUGACAAGAUCGUGUCAUAUUGCCAAGCAUGGAGAGGAUUCGAUAGAGACAUUCAGACGUUAUCCCAAAAGGCUGAUGGACUCCGUAUUCCCCUACAAUGGCUACGUGGGCUUCUUGCAAACUUCCAAGCGAUAGACAUUGCGAUAUCCAAGGAUAUUGAAGAGAAGCUGCAACAGAUCGAGGAAGUGAGCAAAAGACUCAAAGAGGCUAUAGCUCAGUUUGCCUCGAAAGGAUCUGGUAAUACGGCUGCUAUUCGUGCUCAGUUCAAAAAAGCGACAUAUCCAUUCCGCAAGGAUGGCUUGCGCGACAUGUCGAGUGACUUGGAUAGCUUACAUCUGAGUUUGCACACCGUUCUGCAUGCAACCAUCACUUACUCGCCCAAAUCACAGAUCGACACAUCAGCUUCACUCACAAAUCAAUUUCAAGAGACACAACAAAAAUACAACGAAGGCAUAUUCUCAUUCGGUCCGCAUGUUGAGGCUGGCGAUCAAUUUCACGCUCCUUUACGAGACGGACGCUCCAGCCGUGUGCUGGAAACCUUGCAAACGUUUGCCAAUGAAACUAGGCGGAAAUUUCCAAAUGAUAUGGAAGACCUUGUUACAGCCACCAUAAUGCAGAUCCAAGAGAUAUUUGAUCGUGGUGAGGCAACGCCUUCCGACAUAUAUAUAAACUCCUACUUGACAGCGCAAGAGAUCUCGAUUUUGGAUUACACAUGCAUGGGGUUAGGUUACGGCUCGUUUAUUGCCUCGUCGAGGUUACUUCAAUUUUUAGUUGAUUGCGGAGCGAGUCCUGCUCGAAUUGAUGGCCCCGACACUCCUUACAUUUCGAUGCUGCUAAGUUUGACUGGUUUGCUUCAAGGAGAGCAUCAGAUUGGUGGUCAUCUGUUUGAUCUCUAUGGCUCUAAUCUUCAACCUCCCGGGUCUUUAGCCCAGAAAGAAGGAUUUCGGUGGUUUAUUCGCCAAAAUCACGACAACAUCAAUAUCCCAGAUAUUGCUAAGGCCAUUAUGAGGGAAUCAGAGUCCGAUCUGAAAGAAGCUAUGAAGGCGAAGUCUUUUUUGAUCAACGACAGAAUUGGCGCCUGCUCCUUGCUUGACAUAGCAUUUGGUUGGCCAAGAGGGAUACAGAUACUAUUGGAAGCAGGGGCUGACGCUCAUGACUACGCAAUCCGCUUUGUCGAAGAUACCGAGUCUAAGAUCACCUAUGAUUCGGUAAAGAUUCUGCUUCAAGCUGGGUGCAAAUUCAGCUUCGUUGAUAUCGAACAAUGCAACCAAGUUCCGAAUGGAGGUAAUAUAAGAUCUCUCCUCAUAGGGGAGUUGAUCAAACGACUAAAGGGGUUGUGGAAGCUGGCAAAAUGUCAUUUGCCCUCUGAGGAAAUUCCUGCACUAUUCAUGAACCGGGACGGGGAUUCGAAAAACCUCGUAAUCUUUGAUGUAUGGACGACUCAAAUUCACUCCAGGCUUACACAAAACGGUACCAUAAUCGAUUCAUCUUUGCGAACCCCACACUUUAAUCCCUGGAGCUCAGUUUAUCAUUAUCCAUUGUUUUCGGUCCAAACACUGCAGGUUCUCUAUGACUUCGGGUUCCGAGGAGUCAAUGAGCCGGAUCAGGAUGGGAUGCUACCUUUGAUUAGUCAUGGACGGGGACUACGCUAUCUCGGGCAAGAAGUAGCCAGGCAAGUGAUGGAUCGGAUAUCCUGGUUGAUCUCAAAAGGCGCAGAUCCCAACAGACCAGUCCCCGGAACAUGCUCAACUGUUGCCCAUAAUCUUACAUAUUGGAUCUUCGGCUUCAUUGAUAACGCAUUUUGGUCUCCGACAGAGCCUCCCUGGCUAUUCUUGAAAGAAUGGAAUAGAUGGAAAGCCAUGAUUUUGGAGCGAACCAAAUCGUUCGCUAUCACUCCUUCGUCCGCGGAUGAAUGUAUCUGCGCAUGUUCCCCCAGUGGAUGCAACACUAUAUCAUUAUUGCUGCGUCAAGCAUUUAAGUGUCUUUACUAUAGACCUUCAGAUUCACACGAAGAUCUUGGCUUCUGGCUCCGAGAAACGGUAGCCUUUGUCCUGAUAUGGAUCGGAGAAAGUCGGAAGGUGUGCCAGGAAAUCAUCCGGUUCUUCACAUUUGACGCACUAAGCUUGACGCACGUUUGUUGCGUCGAUGAAUGGAACCGUCACUUUUGUUGUUCUAGGCUUCAAACCAGAAACAGGCGAGAAGUGGAAGAAAUCCUCGACGAAGAAAAGCUGGGAGUCGGGAAUCUUGAAAAGCUGGUGGCAGAGGUCAACGAGAAGUUUGAUGAGCUUGGAUUCCCAAUCAUUGUUUUUUUGCAAGGACACUGGUACUCUCGCAUCGUUGAGUUCCUAUCCGAGCGCGAUCCAUAUGAUGAAGAGCACCACGUUGAGUUGGGGAAAAUUGGGGUGAAGUUGGAAGCGGAGGAAUGGGUUUUACCUGACAGGGUCGCUCUGCUGAUUCGACCUAACGUGGAAGAAAUCGUGGACGCUUGA